GCCAAAAGUCUUCUAGCCUCUGAGAAUGUGAGCACUGGCCAGAAGUUGGACUUCUCAGAUACAACGGUACAGCAGAACCUGGAUGAAGUAAAGGACCAAAUUAAGCGGGAAAUAAGGAAGGAACUUAAAAUCAAGGAGGGAGCAGAGAACCUCAGGAAGGUCACAACGGAUAAAAAGAACUUGGCAUAUGUAGACAACAUCUUGAAAAAAUCAAAUAAGAAGUUAGAAGACUUGCAUCAUAAGUUACAGGAGUUGAAUGCACAUAUUGUUGUAACGGAUCCAGAAGAUGUUGCAGAUUGUCCUCGGACUCCUGAUACUCCAAAUAGCGAUCCUCGUUUUUCUGCUAAUAACAGAUUGAUGGCCUUAAAGAAGCAGCUGGAUAUAGAACUGAAGGUAAAACAGGGAGCAGAAAAUAUGAUACAAAUGUACUCCAAUGGCUCUUCGAAGGAUCGAAAACUUCUUGCUACAGCUCAGCAGAUGCUCCAGGAUAGCAAGACAAAAAUUGAAGUUAUAAGGAUGCAGAUUCUUCAGGCAGUCCAGACGAAUGAAUUGGCUUUUGAUAAUGCAAAACCUGUGAUAAGCCCUCUUGAGCUCCGAAUGGAAGAGCUACGGCACCAUUUCAGGAUAGAGUAUGCUGUAGCAGAAGGUGCAAAAAACGUGAUGAAAUUACUUGGAUCUGGGAAAGUUACCGACAGAAAGGCACUUUCAGAAGCACAAGCAAGAUUUAAUGAAUCAAGCCAGAAGCUGGACCUCUUGAAGUAUUCGCUGGAACAGAGACUGAAUGAACUUCCUAAAAACCAUCCCAAAAGCAGUAUUAUUAUAGAGGAGCUAUCACUGGUCUCUUCACCCACAUUAAGUCCUCGUCAAAGUGUAAUAUCUAAUCAAAACCAGUAUAGUACACUGUCCAAACCAGCAGCUUUAACAGGUACCCUGGAAGUUAGGCUAAUGGGUUGCCAAGAUAUUUUGGAAAAUGUCCCUGGUCGAUCAAAAGCCACAUCGAUUACACUACCUGGUUGGAGUCCAAAUGAAACCAGAUCAUCUUUCAUUAACAGAACCAGUAAAAGUAAAAGUGGGACUAAUAGAAACCUUCUGAAAACUGAUGACUUGUCCAAUGAAGUCUGCGCUGUACUGAAGCUGGAUAACACCGUGGUUGGUCAAACUAGCUGGAAGCCUAUUUCCAAUCAGUCCUGGGAUCAGAAAUUUACACUGGAACUAGACAGGUCACGUGAAUUAGAAAUCUCAGUUUAUUGGCGUGACUGGAGAUCUCUGUGUGCAGUGAAGUUUCUGAGGCUGGAAGAUUUCCUGGAUAACCAACGGCAUGGCAUGUGUCUUUAUCUGGAACCCCAGGGCACUCUGUUUGCAGAGGUUACGUUUUUUAAUCCAGUUAUUGAAAGAAGACCAAAACUCCAGAGGCAGAAGAAAAUUUUUUCAAAACAGCAAGGCAAAACAUUUCUUAGAGCUCCUCAAAUGAAUAUUAAUAUUGCCACUUGGGGAAGGCUGGUAAGAAGAGCUAUUCCUACAGUAAAUCACUCUGGCACCUUCAGCCCCCAGGCACAAGUGCCUGCUACUGGGCCAGUGGUUGAUGUACACAUUCCUGAACUAACACUGCCAGACAGUGACUCUCCUGUAGCCAAAUUGGACUUUGAACUUGAGCCUGAGCCUCCACCUGCUCCACCCCGUGCAUCUUCCCUUGGGGAAAUAUCUGAAUCUUCCUCUGAGAUAAAGGCUCCUGAUGUGCCAUCUCAGGAUGAAGUAGCAAAUUUUGAUUUUGAAAAUGGCAGAAAUAGUAUUGUCCCAAAACUCCAGCCCGAAAUAAUCCGUGAGCCUGAUGUUCCCCAUUCAGACAUAAAAUACACCAACGCCCGAGAACCUGAAGAUAGAAGAUCACAACAAAGAUUUCAAUUCAGUCUGAAGGAUUUCAGAUGUUGUGCUGUACUGGGCAGAGGACAUUUUGGAAAGGUGCUACUGGCAGAGUACAAAAACACAAAUGAGAUGUUUGCUAUUAAAGCCUUAAAGAAAGGAGAUAUUGUUGCUCGUGAUGAAGUAGACAGCUUGAUGUGUGAAAAGCGAAUAUUUGAAACUGUGAAUAGUGUAAGACAUCCCUUCUUGGUGAACCUUUUUGCUUGUUUCCAAACCAAAGAUCACGUUUGCUUUGUAAUGGAAUAUGCUGCUGGUGGGGAUCUGAUGAUGCACAUUCAUACUGAUGUCUUCUCUGAACCACGAGCAGUGUUCUAUGCUGCAUGUGUGGUUCUUGGACUUCAGUACUUACAUGAACACAAAAUAGUGUAUAGAGAUUUGAAGUUGGAUAACUUAUUGCUGGACACAGAAGGCUUUGUGAAAAUUGCUGACUUUGGUCUUUGCAAAGAAGGAAUGGGAUUUGGAGACAGAACAAGCACAUUCUGUGGCACACCAGAAUUUCUUGCUCCAGAGGUGCUGACAGAAACUUCCUAUACCAGAGCUGUAGACUGGUGGGGUCUUGGUGUACUUAUCUAUGAGAUGCUAGUGGGUGAGUCUCCCUUCCCUGGGGAUGAUGAAGAGGAGGUGUUUGACAGUAUUGUAAAUGAUGAAGUAAGAUAUCCACGGUUUCUGUCUACAGAAGCCAUCUCUAUAAUGAGACGGCUGCUACGACGAAAUCCAGAGCGGCGUCUUGGAGCUGGAGAGAAAGAUGCUGAGGAUGUGAAAAAGCAUCACUUCUUCAGGCUAAUAGAUUGGAAUGCUUUACUGGCCAAGAAAGUGAAGCCUCCGUUUGUACCCACCAUUAGAGGACGAGAAGACGUUAGUAAUUUUGAUGAUGAAUUUACCUCUGAAGCACCUAUCCUCACUCCACCUCGGGAACCAAGGAUACUUUCAGAAGAAGAGCAGGAGAUGUUCAGAGAUUUUGAUUACAUUGCUGAUUGGUGUUAACUUUUAGACACUGUGAAACCCCAGCUGACUGGCUCACAAGAAUGCCUCUCUCAGAAGAAUACCCACCCUUCAGUUGCUCUCUGUGCCACCUGUAGCUUCUUGGGUUGUUUUUUUUUAAAUCACAUGAAGAUCCAUUUAAGUACUGUUUUACCACUCUUAUGAAGAGUGGUUUCUUUGUACAUUGUUUUUUAUCUGAGCACUGGAAAGCAAGUCUAUGGAGUUCUUAAGCUGAGUUGGUGAACCCAGGCUGUAUUAAGCUUCCCACACAAGGGCACGUGUGGAUCUGUACUGUUUCUCUCACUCCUCCACAGCAGAUAACAUCACUUUUUAAAGUAUCUGCCUUAAGUGGGAAAAGCAGACUUUGAGUUAGGUAAUCACUUCUCUCUACUCAGCCACAUUGAAGUAGAAGUUUGGGAUGCUGAUGACACUUGCACAGAACAUGGUUCUAGCUGGAGAAGGCAAAUUAUUUCAGUUAACUAUUAUCUUGUGCAGUCUAUAAAACUACACAUUUCUAUGUACACCAUCUUUUGUUCUCCACAUAAUGGUAUUAACAACAGAUAUGCCUUGUUUUGUAAAUUUUCUAUGGUAUUUAUUAGGAAAAAUGUCAAAUGCCUUGCCUUUGAGAUAACAACAGUGAAAGUGCUUCCAUUGCAAAGAAAAAUCCAGAACAAUCCAGAAAGUUUACCAAAGCCACUUGCCAAACAGUUUUGCCUUCAAGCUUUUUAAGCAUGGCUUAAAACCCUGGUUGAUAUGAAGAAUGUAACAGGGGUGUUGCUCAGUCUAGCCACAAAGAGCAAAGCACAUGCAUUUCCCAAGCCCAUCCACUUCUAUACUCAGACUCAUGCCUUUCCCACUCACUGAGUGGACAGAUAAGUUAACCAGUCUGUAUCUAACCACCUAGAUCAUCCUGUAUCUGCUGUACAAUAUCAUAUCACUUUUAGAAAACAUAAGGAUUUUCAAUGUAUACAUGCUGUGAACAUGUAUAUUUGGAAGUUGUAAUGUAUUCUUAUGUCCAGGCAGUAAUUUAAAUUAUACCACUUCAUUAAUUUUGCACAGUGGCCAAGUGAACAGCAUAGAAAUGCGUGAAAAACAGAUUUGCAUGCAUAUAGGCCACUGAACUCCAGAACUUAAGAUUGGCAGUUACUGAGGGUAAAAGCAAUAUAUUGUAACAGAAUGUAUACAUAUUUUUGAU